CGCCCUCCCUGCUAACGCUGCUGCCUGCCGCCCUUUCGCUUCCCCGCCGUCAACCGCGCCCUCCCAGGACACGGCGUGCCGCCCGCCCUCUCCGCCAUGCCGCUCUUCUCAGUUAAUGUGAAAUGGGGAAAAGAGAAAUUCGAUGGUGUGGAGCUUAACACUGAUGAACCUCCAAUGGUCUUCAAAGCCCAGUUGUUUGCACUGACUGGAGUUCAGCCAGCCAGACAGAAGGUUAUGGUUAAAGGAGGAACUCUGAAGGAUGAUGACUGGGGGAACCUAAAAAUAAAGAAUGGGAUGACCUUAUUAAUGAUGGGUUCUGCAGAUGCGCUUCCGGAAGAGCCAAUUGCUCGACCUGUCUUUGUAGAAGACAUGACAGAGGAGCAGUUGGCUUCAGCUAUGGAAUUACCAUGUGGAUUGACAAACCUUGGCAACACUUGCUACAUGAAUGCUACGGUUCAGUGUAUCCGCUCAGUGCCAGAAGUGAAAGAGGCCCUUAAAAGGUAUGGUGGUGCCUUAAGAGCUUCAGGAGAAAUGGCGUCUGCUCAGUACAUUACUGCAGCUCUUAGAGACUUGUUUGAUUCCAUGGAUAAAACUUCCUCCAGUAUCCCACCUAUCAUUCUCCUGCAGUUUUUACACAUGGCCUUCCCACAGUUUGCAGAGAAAGGCGAUCAAGGCCAGUACCUUCAACAGGAUGCCAAUGAGUGCUGGGUGCAGAUGAUGAGGGUACUACAGCAGAAGCUGGAAGGCAUAGAAGGUGAUACAGUUAUGGAGACAGACUCCGGAGCUACAGCAGCAUCUUCUAAAAAGAAGAGUUUAAUUGAUCAGUUCUUCAGCAUUGAAUUUGAAACAGCUAUGAAAUGUACAGAAGCUGAAGAAGAGGAAGUAACUAAAGGAAAGGAGAAUCUGCUUCAGCUCAGCUGCUUUAUUAAUCAAGAAGUCAAAUAUCUGUUUACAGGACUAAAAUUGCGUCUUCAAGAGGAAAUCACCAAACUGUCUCCAACACUGCAGAGAAAUGCACUGUAUAUCAAAUCUUCUAAAAUCAGUCGCUUGCCAGCCUACCUGACUAUUCAGAUGGUUAGAUUUUUUUACAAAGAGAAAGAAUCUGUGAAUGCCAAAGUUCUUAAGGAUGUUAAAUUCCCUCUUAUGUUGGAUGUGUAUGAGCUGUGUACACCAGACCUUCAGGAAAAAAUGGUUUCUUAUCGAUCAAAAUUCAAAGAUCUAGAAGACAAAAAAGUCAAUCAACAGCCAAAGAAUUCUAGUAAAAGCGAAGGUGCACAGAAAGAAGUUAAAUAUGAACCAUUUUCUUUUCCCGAUGAUAUUGGUUCUAAUAACUGCGGCUAUUACGACCUGCAGGCAGUGCUAACACAUCAAGGCAGAUCAAGUUCCUCUGGGCAUUAUGUGUCUUGGGUUAAAAGGAAACAAGAUGAAUGGAUUAAAUUUGAUGAUGACAAAGUCAGCAUUGUUACACCUGAAGAUAUUUUGAGGUUAUCCGGGGGUGGAGACUGGCAUAUAGCUUAUGUUCUACUCUACGGGCCUCGCAGAAUCGAAGUAGUUGAAGAUGAAGCUGACCAGUAGUCUUCAGUUUUAGCCAUUCUGCCUAGGUGUGAAAUAAAUGUUGAUAACUGAUCACUUCUUUAACCCCAGAGCUUUUAGCAAGUGGAUAAGUAAUCUGUUCAAACCUUCUCACAUGAAGAAGGGUAUGGGUUCAAAACUGCUCCAAGUACCAAUUUGCUGCCGCUGGACUGGACUGGGCUUGCCCCUGGGGUGGUGACAAUUUUUAAAAUAGCUUUAACAUCUUGCAGAAGAGAAACUUUUUAAAUGAGCCUCUUCUUCCCCCCUGCCCCUUCCUCUCUGAUGUCAUCAAGUAUUUAUUACACACCUACUCUCGCGUUUGUUACUCUUGCAUGGUUUCUGCCACAGUUCAGAAGUUGUCCAUCCUCUGCCUUACCUGGCAUGGUUGUUAGGAAGGUAGAAGAGCAACUGUUGCCUUGUUGUGUAACUCAGUGCUGCUGCCCAUAGCCAACAACCAUGGCUCCAAUCAAGUAUUGUCCAGCCUGACGUUCUGAUUCAGUCUGUUCUGUUGCUGGCACCUGAUGACUUCAAAAUCAAUUGUGAUCAAUGUGUCCUCCAUUAAAAAAAGUUCAUGUCUUA